AUGAAGGCUGCGAAUUCGACCCUAAAAAUGGAUAAUGAUUUGUAUAUCAAAGACGGAACACCAAUAAAUGAUAUCUAUGCGAGAGUUGUGGAAAAUAUUUUCGGGGCUACUCUGGAAUCAGUAGAUUUUAGAAAUAAGAUGGAAGAAGUAGUGCGUAUGAUAAAUGAUAAAAUAUCUAGGAACACGAAUGGACUUAUAAAGAAUUUUAUCAAGGCUUCAGCAGUAGAUCUUAACACAGAUCUCAUGUCAGUGAAUUCUUUUUAUUACAAAGGAGCUUGGAAGGAACCUUUUGAAGAAGAAACGGAAAAGAAAACAUUUUAUGCCGUGUCUGGCCCCGUAGAAGUCGAUAUGCUAAAAAGCGCAGAUAGGAGUGUCUUUGUAAAAGACGUUCCUAGUCUAAACCUUAAAAUUUUUGUCAAAAUUUUAUUAGAUACUAAUUUCAAGCUAGUCAUAGUGACAACCAGAGAUGCUAAAACUCCAUUAUCUAAAGUAGAAGAGACUAUUAGAUCUAAACAAUAUAAUUUUCUCGGUCAAUUGGAUAAUGGAUAUAAAGUUUCCUCAACAUUUUACAUGCCAUAUGUCAGUGAAGAGUUUGCUGUCGAUCUGUUGGAUAUUUUAGAAGACAAACUUAGUUGUUGGAUAGAUAAAGGGAUCGACAAUAUAGUUCAGGGUGUACAUCUUCCCGUUGCUAAAAUAAGACAUAAAGUUAAGUUAGAGAUCGCGGCUAAAGGAAUAGAGGGAGCUGCCGUAACUGGAUCUGAAUUAGGAAUUAGGAUGGCACCUAACAAGAAUGAAAUUGUUGUAAACAGGCCUUUCCUAUAUUUUAUUAUUCACGCAGAUGGUCCUAUAUUAUUUAAGGGUCGAUACGUUGGUCCUUCUUGA